AUGGGUCGCUCCGGGCCAUGGAGCUGGCUCUGUUUUUCCCUGCUCGUUGUCGGCUCAUUCAAGGUCCUAGAUGUCGCCGCCGCCGCCCAGUCCAUCGUCUUCUCCGGUCGAGCUGCAGGAGAAGAGAAGCUGCUGCAGGGUGGGCAAAAGAAGUCCGAGUGCCCCUUUCCGGACCCUUCUCUAUACUACCGGCCAGUCAUCGGGAUACUCAGCCAUCCUGGCGACGGCGCAUCUGGGAGGCUCAGUAAUGCCACCGAUGCCUCCUACAUAGCCGCCUCGUACGUCAAGUUCGUCGAAUCCGCCGGCGCUCGAGUUAUCCCUCUCAUCUUCAACGAGCCCAGGGAGAUCAUCUAUGAAGUGGGUUUACUCGUCUCUGUUCCCUGUCUCUUCUCUCUUAGCCCUCACUUCUCUGACGUUGUUUAGUGUUCCGUGUUCUCAUAAAUGACAGAAGCUUAAACUGGUUAAUGGGGUGUUAUUUACGGGAGGAUGGGCAAAAAGGGGUCUAUAUUACGAUACUGCACAGGAUAUACUCCAGGCAUGCGAUCUAACGCCACUAUAACAAUGCUGAUCAGCUUCAAUGACUUUCUGUUGCUUUUAUUUGACAAAUGUGUUUACUAAUUUUCGCCGCCUCAGAAAGUAUUGGAGAUGAAUGAUGCAGGGAAGCAUUUUCCACUCUUUGCAAUCUGCCUAGGUUUUGAGAUUGUGAGCAUCAUGAUAAGCAAGGUAACACUUCCUUCAUAGUAUUUUUGGGUUUCUGUGAAACAUGGGCCUUUUUAUCCGUUUGUGUUACUCUUCCUUUGGUUUUUUCCAUCUUUCCAUCUUCAAUGUCCAGCGUUAUUUCCUUGGAAAACAUGCCUUGGUAGGUUAUAGGGGUAGAAAUCCUAGCUAUUCUUUGGUGAAACAAUAUUUCUAGUUCACAAAGUUGUCCAAUUUAUUUAUCAUAAAAUCGAGGGAAAAAAAGGUAUUGUACAAGGAUGGAUUCUUCUAUGCAAUCUCGCAAGUCCCUCAUCUUCCUGGUCCGUAAUCAUGAUUUUAAUCUAGACAACGAUUCCCGCAAAUUUAAUGAAUAAAAUGCUAUUCUGCGCUCAAGUAUCAUGAAACGGAGGGGAAAAUGUGUAGUAUGAUAUCUCCUUUCUCUAGUGUGUAAGCUCUCCCCAGUCUUCCUGCUGUAUCAUCGUUGUUUUAAAUUUACAACUAAUCGCUAUGUUUAUCCUAGGUUACUGGAUUUCCUUGUGAAACAAAAAUUUUGGAAAUAAAUUUGUUCAAUCAUAGUCACAAAUCUCAGUUUCUGUGCAAAUACAGACCACAUAUGGACGGAAUAGGGCUCUAUAAUUAUUUCUAAGUACAUUUCAUAUGUUCUUUAACGUUCUCUAAUGAUCCAAACGAUUUUUAGAAUGCAUGAGUAAGUUUGAUGGAAAAUAUUUGCGCAUUAGUUGGCCUUUGUUGCAGCCAUCUGAACCUAAUUUAGGGGACGGAUUUGUUCCUUUUUUUUUUUCAUUAUCAUAAAAUGUAUACUAAAACUGUUGUGCAGCCCUCUCCUUCACUAAAUUAAAAUUUAAUACUUUCCAAGAGUCCUUUUAAGAUACUACCAAAUGAUCCCGUGCAGAAUAAUCAUUGUAUUCCUACUCGUGUCUACUCUUUUUUUUUCCUUCUUUUUCUAUUUUUAAUGUACUUACGUUUCAUCACUCCUGUUUUAGGACGAGGAUAUUCUUGAACAUUUUAGUGGGACAAAUCAAGCUUCAACACUUACAUUUGCCGAAGAUAUGGCAUUUCAAGGAACUAUUUUUCAAAGGUAUUUGAUUUAAAAUUAAUGGAUAGUUUUCAUGCAUCUAUGUUUUUCAUUUCGGCAUAUUCUACGUUUGGAGUGUAAGACUCACUUAAGCAUUUGCAUCCAUCGUUUUUCCCAGCAGCCGCAAUUAUCCGUUUGCAUGAUAAGUGUAUUAUUUUUUAAUUUGUCUACCUGCAAAAAUUCAGAUAAUUUUUGGGUGAAUACUGUCUCUUGAUUGAUUCAUAAAUCAAAAUGAAAAGGAAACGAAAAAAAAGGAUAAAAAAUAUGAAAACGGAAACGAAAAAGUGAAAAAGAAAACAUCUUUUCUUCUGCAAUAAUUCCAUGCUUCCUGAUCUAAUCUCAUUCUUUUUUAAGCUCCCAACUCAUUUUCCAUCCAAUUCUUCAUUUUCUCCUCAUGUUCUUCCGUCCCUUCUUGAUGUAGCUGGUGGUUCAGGUUGAAUGGACGCACAUGUCUAGAUCAACCCUAAUGCAGGUGAAUUAAGUUUGAAUUGGCCCACUGCUAAUUCAGUAUCGUGAAAUGAUUGAACAAUUGAUCACCAAAUUAAAUUCAAGUCUUUUAAACAUGCGACUUAAUUGUCAUAUUCAUUGCAGGGAUAUUAUAAUAAAUAUUUUCCCCUGUAUAGAAGCUCUCAUCCAAAAAAAUGAUUGGAUGUGACUGGUAGGAGAUAUCUGUUCUCACUUCAAUUUUUUCAUGAACCCUGGUCUAUGCUUCCACUCUCAACAUCAAGAAUAAAGUGACAAGGCGCCCCCCUUGGGUCGAUUUAACCCAGAAACUUGUAGUUCCCUCCUCAUCAUUGAAAAAUUGGAUCAAUCCGAGACAAAAGCUAAUAUCCCGACAGGAUGUCACAAGGGUGUGAGCGACUUAUGUCCUGUGAAUCUGGCUACUAACUGGUGAUUUGAAACUAUAUCUUCACAUGUGGUCAACAUAGUUCCAAAAUCCACCUAUAUAGCAUGGCCAGAGAACUACCCGAAUCCCUCUAAAGAGUAUACUAACGUAGAAUUACAUAAGCACCCAAAAAAUCUGGCAAGAGUUUUAUAUAUAGAUAUAUUUCCGUUGCUUCUAAAAUACAAAGCAACAACAAUGUGAAGCAUUACUCUCACUCACAGAGGGGCCAGGUCGUCCACAAAAUCAGUCAAGAAGGUGUGUGAGUCCCAAACGCAAUCCAAAAAUUAGGAAGACAGGUAGUCCAGUGUCAUCCAUUAGAGUAAAAUCAAAAUUAAUAUGAGUCGAGAAUUGGGCUGAAGUUUAAACAAUUAAUAUGCAGUCCUUGCUAAUGAGGAAGUGGGAAUAGCACCAAGAUUCAGAAACUCAACUCCUCUUACUUGAAGGGCAUUUGGCCGAUGAAUUCGAUUUUUAAAUAUCAAAUUAUCAUGUAAAAGUGAAAAUUGGAAUUAUUGAUCCCUCAUUCACAUUUCUUUGGUAAUUUUUACAGUUCCAGUGGUCUCUGACUGGGUCAUGAUCGACCCUGAUUGGUUUGGGUAUUAAACUCGAUAGGCAACCCUCCAAUCCAUCAGCCACUUAUUUCAGACGGUGAUCUUUUUCUGUCAUGAUUCUUCAAUGUUAGUUGAUAAGUAAAUUAUUAUGAUAAAAACAUCAUUUUCUUUCCUUUUUUGGCGCAUAUGAUAUUUUUAUGGACUAUUAUUCAUUUUCACGCUCUUACUACUUUUUAUUGAUUUAUUUCUUUAUUUAUUUAUUUAGGAAAGAGAAAAAAUCAUGCCCAUUCGUUUAUUAGGAUGUGAUUAUUUGUAUUACUUUUAUUACCACAUCAUUUUAUGUUAAUAUCAACAGUAUUUCAGAUUUCCUCCAAGCUUGCUGGCAAAGUUGAGCAAAGAAUGUCUAGUCAUGCAGAAUCAUAAAGUAAGUUUUGGAGAAUUAUAUAUUUCCUUAAUUUAAUUUCAGAUGCAUUAAUCCCAUUUCAAUUCGAAAAGGUUCUCUGUGGUUUCAAUUCCAAUAGUCUGCAAUUUAAAUUUGUCCUCUCUUUUUUUUUUUAGUCGAUUAUAUUUUUUAUGUGCCAGAUAAUAUACCCUGACCUGCUCAUCUUUCUCAUUCUUAACGAACGAUCAGUACGGUAUAUCACCCGGAAGGUUCCAACAAAAUCCCGAUUUAUCUAGUUUCUUCAAGAUCUUGACCACCAGCACAGAUGAUGAGGGCCAGGUAAACCAGAAUGCACCUUACUUAGGGUUAUGAGAAUCGCCUUGUGAUCCUAAUGUGGCCCAUCAUUGGGCAACUUCUUGCACCAGGUUUAUGUGUCCACUGUACAAGCGCAUGGCUAUCCAAUCACCGGCUUCCAGUGGCAUCCCGAGGUACCAGUGACAUCUGAUUCUGUUCAUCUAUAAAUGAGUUCAAGAUCAGAGAUCCUGGAAGGCAUUGAAAGCUCCAAAAUCCUCAAAAUAUCCCACUUUGGGAAAUUUCUCUCACUGAUCUUAAUGUCUCUACUUGAUGAGAAGGUGCUUGUCCAAGCACCAAAGAUUCUCGAAAGGUUUAGACCCGGAUUGAGAUGACCGGUGCCUAAUCCAGCAAAAACCAGUGAAAGUCAAAUGCUGCCAGAUGGUUGCUGGAGCUCGAUAGUUUGACUUGAGCUGGCCUCGAUACUAUCCUUCUGAACUUUUGACUUCAACUUUGUUUAAACAGAAGAACGCCUUCGAGUGGGGCGUCUCAGCGAUUCCUCACAGUGAAGAUGCAGUCCAAGUGACCCAACACGCCGCCAAUUACUUCAUCAGGUCCUCAGCAGCUCUCUUAGCUAUCCAAAAAAAUUGUUCUCUGCUCUUCCUUCAUCUUCUCCAAGAUUUCCAGCUCCUGAUCAUAUCCUCUCUCUCUCUCUCUCUCUCUCUCUCUCUCUCUCUCUCUCUCUCUCUCUCUCUCUCUCUCUCUCUCUUUCUCUCUCUCUCUCUCUCUCUCUCUCUUUCGCUCUCUAAAUGGGUGCAGUGAGGCGAGGAAGUCCUCAAACAGGCCACCGGCUGGACAGGUGCUGGCCAAUCUGAUCUACAACUUCAGGGCGACCUACUGCGGGAAAGCAGGGUAAGACCCAUCACUGUUUGGAUAAUAUUUGUCUUAAAUUCUUUGAGAAAUUCGACCCAAAACCAGUCUAUGACCGCAUCUUUGUUCUUAUUGGGAUGGCAUAUUUGUUCUUGCAUUAGUUUCAUGUGGGGAUUGCUCAUAAAGUUCUGAUCUUGGUGCUGGUUGCGAGGCAGGAAGGGGUACGACGAGGUCUAUAUCUUCUCCUAA